AUGGUGGCCUGGAUGGCGAGGGCAGGGGCGCUGUCGGGGGCGUACAGCUUGAGCGACGACUCGAGCUUCUUAAUCUCCUGCUUCUCGCGCUUGGCGAACUGCUUCGACUCCUUGCACGGCGUCAGCCCCGAGAUGUCGGCUGACGCCGGCAGCACCGGCGCGGAUAGAACGAUCGAAGACAGGGCGAGCGCCGCAGAGAACGCCUUCAGCUGGGAGGAGGAGGUGGUGACUGCGGCGGAGGGCUCCUCGGAGCUCGCCCGGCACACCACAACUGCAGCGGUGGCGUUACGAGGCUUUCCGGCGGAUAUGGGGGUUGAGAUGGAUUUGGAGAAGGAGAAGGGAUUUGUGGCUGUAGGAGAAGAUAAGGUGAGGUUGAGUGAAGGGGGACGCUGA